AGUGCCCAGCAAUAAUUUUGUUGUGUGGAGAGACGAUUGGGAAAGGAAAGGGGAGGAUUUGGAUGGGUCAAACCCUCGCCUGACAUCAAUUGCCAAGGACCCCUCUUGAAUUUGUGGCUGCCUUUCAGGUCCUAAAGGGUUCCUCAGCCCCGCAGCAGCUUUGAUGUGUGUCGUUAUGCCCGACCACGCCGACGUCAGCCUCGCCCCGGAGGAGCGAGUCCGAAAACUGAUCCAGGUGGGAAGUGCUGUGGAAGUAAACGAGGAUGUCCCACCGCGACGCUACUACCGCUCCGGGGUGGAAAUCCUCCGCAUGGCGACCGUCUACUCAGAGGAAGGCAACAUCGAGCGGGCCUUCAUUUUGUACAACAAAUACAUCACGCUCUUCAUAGAGAAGCUGCCGCAGCACCGGGAUUACAAAACCGCUGUCAUACCCGAAAAGAGGGAGACAGUGAAAAAACUGAAAGAAGUAGCCUUCCCCAGAGCUGAAGAGCUCAAGGAGGAGCUAUUAAAGAGGUACGCCAAGGACUAUGCUAAGUACAAGGAGCAGAAGAAGGCAAAGGAAGAGGAACUUGCACGAAACUUGGCUUUGCAGCAGCAGCUGGAAGAGGAGAGAAAUCGAGUAGCCCUGAUGAAGCAGCAGCAGGUAGAGCAAGAGCAGUUUAAUGCCUUCGAGGAGAUGAUUCGACGACAAGAGCUGGAGAAGGAGCGUCUAAGGAUAGUGCAGGAAUUUGGAAAACCAGAGCUGAGUCCUGAAUCUCUGGAUGGACCCCUCAUCCCUGGUGUGGAAAAACCACCGACUGAUUUAAUCCCAAAGGUUCCGGUCUCUCCAGUUCAACCUGCGAGUCCAUCAGCGGGGACUGUCUCAUCCAAACCUCCUGUUGUGGACAGAUCUUUGAAACCUAGUACUUUGGGAAGCACAGAAAACAAUGCAAGUAUGGACGUCCUUCGCCAGGUCAUCGUCCCUAGGGAGCUCUGCCAGAAGUUCCUCCAGCUGGCUGAUGCCAACACGGUCCGGGGUGUGGAGACGUGUGGGAUCCUCUGUGGUAAGCUGAUGAGGAACGAGUUCACCAUCACCCACGUCAUCGUUCCCAAGCAGCACGGAGGCCCCGAUUAUUGCAACACGGAGAAUGAGGAGGAGCUCUUCAUGAUCCAGGAUCAGCUCAGCCUUGUUACGUUAGGCUGGAUCCACACUCACCCCACGCAGACGGCCUUUCUCUCCAGCGUCGACCUGCACACGCACUGCUCCUACCAGAUGAUGCUGCCAGAGUCCAUCGCUAUCGUGUGCUCUCCGAAAUACCAGGAGACAGGAUUUUUCAAGCUGACGGAGCACGGCCUGGAGGAGAUCUCUUCCUGCCGGCAGAAAGGAUUCCACCCCCACGCCAAAGACCCCCCUCUCUUCACUACCUGCAGUCAUGUGUCAGUAGUGGAGAGAGACGUGGUCCUGAUCGAUCUCCGAUAGGCCUCUUGCCUUAACCGUUUACAGAAAACCAUCUACCUUCCUUCUAGGCCUAAGGAAAUGUGUUUUUUUCCUCCUGUAGCAGAUGAUUUCUACCGUGUAGUGAUUGAUCCUUCCCCUUCCUCCCCCAACCAUCGCGGUGAAAUCGGUGCCCUGACCUCAGUGGGAGCUCGUGAAGCCUCGGUGCCCGGCGUUGGGCUGGUGAAGUGGUGCUGAGGUUCAGGGUGUGGGGAAAAGCUAACUGGAAAUUCGAAAACCAGAAGCUAACACUAAAGCAAUUGUUUUAAUACUCUAAUCUAUGGCUUGAACGGCUUCUUGGGGGGGGGUGUUCCCCUGUGAUUUGCUGCAACCACGAGGUGUGGAAACCUCUUCAAGUGCUUUCCAAAGUGGGACUUGGCCCAAAUUAGUCUGUGCUUUGUUUUGCCUCCCUGGGUUGCUGUGGUCUUGGCGCAGCGGCUGGAGUGGAUAAAUCUUUGCUAUAAUUUCAAAUUAAACCUUCCUAACCCCUCUCACGAGCUCAGCACCGCUGAGCCGGAGCGAGUCCUGCUCCCUGGUACUCAGGUCUUUGCCCGCUGAGGUAGGAAGGGGCCCAACCUCCUUGUUUCAGUGUUGUGGGGGAGAAGGUGCCUGGAUGGGGCACUGCCCUGCACAAGCUGCUCCAUUCCAGCGGUGGGGAGGGAUGUCUGGUUAUUUUAUUUCUUUUCCUGGUUCGGAAAAGCCCUCGGGCUGCCCAGCGAGGGCUGGGGUUUGACUUGUUGCUGGUGGAGGAGGCUCUGGGUCGCUUGGCUUCAGCGCUGCGGUGUGAAGGCUCUGCAAGGCCAUCUCCUCUCUGGGAAGGGGCUCCAGCAGCUUGUGCCACUUCAGUCCUUGAGGAUGACCACCCCCAACCACCUCCGCGCUUCUCCGAGCAGUGUGAAGUCUGUCCUUGCCAAAACCACGCGCUCCGUGACGUCACCGUUACGCGGUACCAGCCAGGGACCUCUUCCCAAUCGCUGCUGCUCCUCCUCUUCCUCCUCCUCGGAUGCUGAGCAGCAAUUUUCCUUCCCUGCACUUCCACCCUCGCUCCUGCCGAGGCUGGAGGGGAAGAAGCAGCGUUGAAAGGUGGAGGACAUCUGGCCUCGAAGGGCUGAGCGUGGUCCUGGCAUCUCCACAUCCUCGGGGGGGAUGCUGUGACGCUCAGCAUGUGGCCCUGGAGUCGCCUUCCCCCCUGGCGUGCGAACACACGUGUUGUGUGUGUCGUGUCCGUGUGCUCCCCCAUGCAAACUCCUUUGGUGUACAGUCGAACACGGAUGGAUUGAAUGAUCUUGGCUGGGU